AUGUCAACUCAAACGGAUAGCGUAUAUAAAAUACUCGUAGCUGCGAAUAACACACCCGCCUCCUACAAGGCUCUCGAAUAUGCUGUAGACCUGUGCCGAAAGCUUAAAGUCGAGUACAAGCUGCUGAUUGUGUAUUUUGUGGCUUUGAACCCGAAGCAGAGUUUACCUUACAUUGAUCAUUUGGAGAAAGCGUAUAACAUGGAAAUCCAAUCCAAUGCGGAAAAAGAUGUAGCGGAAUGUAAGAGUUAUCUAACAAAGAACUAUGCGGGCAAAGUCAACUAUGAAUUUGUUGAAGUGGAAGGUGAAGGCGAAACAGGCCCGUUGAUUGAAGAGUACAUUAAUGAAACACAUCCCGAUUUGGGCCUCUUUGUUGUGGGGACACGAAAUCUGGGCAGUCUGAAAAGAUGGGCACUCGGUUCCGUAAGUGACUACUGUCUUCAUCACUUGCAUUGUCCUGUUACUGUCGUCAAAGACUUGGAUUCGCAUGUUGAGGAUGGUUCUUGA